AUGGCAGAAACUGCAGUGACGUUUGCUUUACAGAAGCUGUUCCGAUUUCUUGAAGAGGAAAGAAGAUGGCUGAAAGGCAUUGGAGAUGAUUUAUCAGACAUCAAACACGAAUUAGAGGUCAUCAAAGUCUUCAUAAAGGAUGCGGAUAGAAAAGCUGGAGACGAAAGAGGAGAAACCAACGAAGGAAUAAAAACAUGGGUGAAGCAGGUGAGAGAUCUAUGUUUUUCUACAGAAGAUGUUAUCGACGAGUACAUCAUGGAUGUUGCACCGUACGGGGCCAAACAUCAACCACCAGGCAUGAUGUCAGUUCGUAAGGUUCUUCACCAAAUCAAAGCCUUGAAGACUCGUUAUCGGAUAGCAUCCGAGAUUCAACAUAUCAAGUCAGCAGUUCGAGGAAUCGCGGAAAGAAGUCAGAGGUACGCGUUCCAUUCCCAACCUGAAGUUGAGUCAUCGAGCUUCUCUAGACGGGCAAAAAAUGUUCAUAGGAUUGCUUCCCAUUUCGUCGAAGAAUCUGACAUCGUGGGAUUCGAAUCCCAAAGGGAUGAAUUGAUUGAUUGCUUGCUAAAAGAAAACCACGAACUCAUGGUCAUUUCAGUGGUAGGCAUGGGAGGAAUGGGAAAAACCACUCUUGCUAAACAUGCUUUUGACAAUCAAAAUGUGAAAAGACACUUUGAUUGUCGUUCCUUUAUCACAGUAUCUCAAUCAUACAAUGUGAGGCAGCUGUUGAUAGAUAUCAUACAAAAUUUUUCCAAGGACGCCAAUGAGCCUAUUCCGAAAGGGCUGCGUAAGAUGGAUGAUAACACAUUAGUAACAGAAGUGAGGCAAUACCUUCAGACAAAGAGGUAUUUGGUAUUGUUUGAUGAUGUCUGGACAGAAAACUUUUCCAAUGAGAUUGAGCAUGUCUUGCCUAAUAACAACAAUGGAAGUAGAAUCAUAGUCACCUCUAGAAUCAUGCGCGUUGCCAAACAGUUUAAGCAGUCAUGUCUUUUUCAUGUUGUUCACUUGCUACAACCAUUAUCUCAGGAAAAGGCGUGGGAACUGUUCUGCAAGAAGGCAUUUAGAUUGGGGACUACUGAGCAAUGUCCACCUGAGCUUGAGGAUGUGUCAAAGGAAAUUAUUCUAAAAUGUGGAGGGCUACCACUAGCAAUUGUCACCGUUGGAGGUCUUCUGUCAACAAAAGAAAAAACCUUGUUUGAAUGGAGGAACGUAAGUAAAAAUCUGAGAAUGGAGUUAGAGCUCAAUGAACGUUUUACUAAUUUAGUAGGGAUUUUAUCUCUUAGUUAUGAUGAUCUUCCUCUCAAUUUGAAAUCAUGCAUGCUGUAUUUUACUAUGUAUCCGGAGGACUACUCCAUCAAAUCUAAGAGACUGACUAGACCAUGGAUUGCUGAAGGAUUUAUUGAAAAUGACAAGAGAGGAUCAAUGGAGGAUGUUGCUGAAGAGUACCUGAAAGAAUUAAUAAAUAGAAGUUUAGUUCAGGUCUCCAGGGUUGGCUUCGGCGGUAAAGUUAAAAGUUGUCAUGUCCAUGGUAUAUUACGUGAGUUUCUCAUUAAAAAAGCAAGAGAUUUAAGUUUUUGCCACAUAAUGCUUGAAGAUGAUGAACUAGACUUAGUUGGAAUAACUAGACGCUUAUCUUUAGCUACUUGUUCCGACACUGUGUUCCGGACUAGUAACUCUGGCAUCCGCGCUAUUUUCGUUCUUAACGAAAGGGAAUACCCUAAAGAUUAUGUGGACAGAUUAUUUGCCAAGUUUAAGUUUUUGAGAGUACUUGAUUUUCAAGGUACUUUGUUGAAUUAUGUUCCUGCUAAUUUGGGUACUCUUUUUCACCUGAGGUACUUAAACAUGAGUCAUACAAAAGUAAAGGUCCUUCCUAGAUCCAUAGGUAAGUUGGUGAACUUAGAAACCUUGGAUCUAAGACAAACUAAGGUGCGUGAGCUACCAAGAGAGAUAACCCAACUAACAAAGCUGCGACUUCUUUCAGUCUACUACAGAAAAAUUGAAGGAAAGUACUCUGUGUUAGAGUUCACAACGGGGGUGGAAAUGCAUAAAGGUAUUGGACGUUUGAAAUCCUUACAAAAGCUGUACUUUUUGGAGGCUGAUCAUGGAGGAUUGGGUCUUGUGGAAGAGAUCCAAAUGUUGAAACAGUUAAGGAAGUUGGGAAUCAGGUGCGUGAGGAGAGAAUAUGCAACUGCCCUGUCGACUGCGAUAGGAGAGAUGAAUCACCUUGAAUCUCUCAGUGUUAACGCCAUAGCUGAAGACGAAAUCAUUGACUUGAACUUUGAAUCAGCUCCACCCCAACUUCAAGUGUUGAACUUGAAUGCUCGAGUUACAAAGUUGCCUGACUGGAUUCCAAAACUUGUAUAUCUUGUUAAGUUAAGGCUUGGUUUGUCCUACUUGAAAGAAGAUCCACUAGACUCACUUAAAGUCUUGCCAAAUCUGAUGCGGCUCAGCAUAUGGGAUAAUGCGUAUGCAGGUGAAAGUUUGCAUUUUCGAAAAGAGGGAUUUCCAAAGUUGAAGGAACUUGAUCUCACUCGACUAAGCAGAUUAAGUUCUAUGUCUAUAGACGAAGGAGCUUUGCUUGGUCUUGAACACCUCAGCUUAAAAGAUAACCCCCAAAUGAAGGUGUUACCCCGUGGCCUCCAACACUUGAAAAACCUUCGAUUUCUUGGAUUUGCUGAUAUGCCAAAUGAAUUAGUAGAAAGCACUGAUCCAGCGAAAGGUGGACAAGAUUAUUGGGUUAUCAUGCAUAUUCCCCAUGUCCUCAUUGGUCAGAUCGAGGGUCCAAGUUUCCAUGACGAUGAACUGCGUCCUAUUCCCACGUUAGCCAGUGUCUGA